AUGCCGCCCCGACGAAACCGUGCGCGCAAUGCUGCGCCGGCGCGGGCCGCACAGCCCGCGGCACCAUCGCUGCAUGAACCGAAAUCCACGCCGAUUGCAUAUGAUCCUGUGCGCCGCGUGCCGGCGCGCGAGCUGAGCGUGCUCGGCGCGUUUGUUGCGCUGCUUAUGGGCGUUUCGCUUUGGCUGCACUAUUCGCUGCCGCUGCCUAUGCAGAGUACGACGGUGACGGAGCCGUUGCCCGAGUACCCGAUCACGGAUGCAUGGUACGACGCUUUGAGCGCCGGUGAGCUCGAUGCGACGACAUUGCCCAUGUACAUGCCGAGCACGGCAGCGUUGGAGGGCAGUAUCGUGCCCUACUUUUCCGAAGGGAAUGCGAUGCUCACGAUCCAGCACCUUGCAGGCGAUAUUGGGUACCGCGUUGUUGGAACGCAGCAGCACGUCGAUGCCGAAAAAUGGGCCGAAGAUAUAUUGCGCCGCUAUGUCGGUACACACGACACCGGCGAUGGCAGCUACCAAACGCACGUCGAGCUUUUCACGCAGAUAGGCGACGGCGCACACCGCUUUGAGAUCCUUGGCUACCCCGUGUGGAAGCAGUACUACAACAUGACCAACUUAAUCGUCCGCAUUUCCGACGGGUCCGAACAAAGCAAGAACAACACGUUGCUCCUGAAUGCGCACUUGGACAGCACGCCGCCAUCGCCUGGCGGCGCCGACGACGGCGCUGGUGUUGCGAUCAUGUUUGAGGUGUUGCGUAUCCUCACGCUGCGAGGCGCGCCGCGCGUGCGCAACGGCCUUAUUCUCUUGUUUAACAAUGGCGAAGAGUCUUUGCAGGACGCAUCGCACAUGUACAUGACGCAGCACAACGAGACGAACCAUGCGGUGCGUGCGGUGCUGAACAUGGAAGCAUGCGGCGUAUCUGGUCCCACGCUCCUCUUCCAAGCCACCGACCCACUGCUCAUCGACGCGUACGCCAAAGUCCCGCAUCCAUUCGCUACCGUGGUGGCCAGCGACGUAUUUUCGUCGGGCGUCAUCAUGUCGGACACGGAUUUCCGCCAGUUUGAAGAGUACGGAAACGGCACGCCUGGCUUGGACAUGGCCAUUGUCGGCUCUUCCUACCUGUACCACACGCGCCGCGACGUGCCCGCUCACAUCGAGCACGGCGUUUUGCAGCACUUUGGCGAGAAUGUGCUGUCGCUCGUGCAGUCACUCAGCCUCGAGCCCGACUCUCCGAUGAAGCGUUUGGCCCACUGGCAGCACAAGGUGCGCCAGAUCAUGCCCAUCUACUUCUCCGUCUUUGGCCGCUACUUUGUCAGCAUUCCGCCCAAGACGUUCAAGAUGAUCGUCAUCUUUGUCUCGCUCGCGUCCAACUUUGUGCUCGGCAUUGUCAACAGCAGCGAUACGCGUGUGAGCACCAUUCACUAUGCGGUGGGGUGUGCAGCAGGCGUGUUUGCCUCUUUCCUCGCUGCGCUGGGCAGCGCAAAUCUCGUUGCGGCGCUGAUGCGCGCGCUGGGAAUGCCCAUGUCCUGGUUUGCGCAUGAAUUUUACGCCAUUGCGCUGUACGCACCGCCGGCGCUCGCCGCUGUCGUUGCCGUCCAGAUUCUCCUCUCUGCGUGUGUGGAAAAGUCGCGCCGCCCGUACUUGGAGCACGCUUCUUUUACCGGGCCCGUGCUCUUUUUUACGCUUGGGCUCUUGCUGAUGAACUCGUUUGGGCUUGGUUCUGCCUACCUCAUGCUCCUCUCGGCGCUCACCAACCUCAUUCCCAUCACCAUCAACGACUUUCUCUUUAUUGGGAUCUCGCCCAUUGCGAUGGGACAAGUGCCUGUCGAUCGCCGCGUGCGCUUCGCCACGUACUUUUUCAGUGUCAUUAGCGCGUGUACGGUUGGCAUCGAGGGCUUUGUCUCGUUCAUGGAUCUCAUCGUACCUUUGCUCGGCCGCAUGGGCAAGGGCGUGCCUGUGGACUUCGCAAUUGCUUCGCUUGUCGCCGCUCUUGCUACGCUCAACAGCAUCGCGCUUGUGCCGCUCUUGCACAGGUAUGGCGCAGGAUUUGCGCGCAACACCUUCACCCUCCUCCUGCUUGUCUCUGGCGCUGCCAUUGCAUUCUUUGCUCUCCCGGGCGUCCCGACGUUUGAUGCACUGCACCCUCGCCGCCUCCUCAUCAAUCAUGUGGAAAACAUCACCAGCGGCGAGUGGCACGUUGCGAUGAGCCAGCUCGACGGGGCGAGCGCUAAUCCACGCAUGGACGCUGCGAUUCAGUCGGUGCUCCUGCAGGGCCUGCCGAAUGCUACUCUGAGCUGGGCAAACAACGGCGCUGCGGCCACGGACAUGGACGUGCUUUUCCCCCUCUCAAAUCACAUUGGCGCGGACCGCAUUGUUCUCCCGAGCACGUCAGAGCGCCAGGCGGCUACCAACGAGCCGAACCGCUGGUCGAACUACCGCUUGACGUGUUCAGAGGAAGUGGUUGACAAGGAGGCAAAGACGCGAUCGUUUCUUAUGCGCCUUUAUCACCCUGGGCUUGCCUGGUCCACCAUGUCGUUUGAUGCCGACGUGAUCGACUGGGAAUUUCCUGCUCCGCCUCCGCGCGGAUUCCAGCGCCACCAUCUUAAGGAUGUGUCGCGCAUCGAUGCGCACACCUGGCAAAUGCGCAUUAAAGUGCGCGUCUCGGACGAACAAUUUGCCGCCUUCGAGCACGACAAGGGCGCGCCCGCCGACACACUCGUGCGCUCGCCGCCGCUGCAUCCCGAGCCACCGCUCAACGGUUGGCGCAUGCAAGUGCAUUUCUCGGGCUUUGAUGCGUAUGGAAUGUACCCGCACCACAAGGAUACAGGUAUGGACAAGGUGUCGAUGAAGACACUCGCAAGCCUCGACGCGCUUUUCCAGGAAGAGUUUCCCGAAAUCGAUCCGAUGCUCAUGUCGGUCAUUGCAGGUGUCGCGGAAUGCUAG